AUGGUUUCUAGCCUGCUCCCCAACCCCACCUCGGCCGAGUGUUGGGCGGCCGUCCUGCGCGAUCCCAUGACUCUUGAUAUGGACGCGGUCCUGUCAGACUUUGUUCGGUCCACGGGGGCAGAACCGGGUCUGGCCAGGGACCUGCUGGAAGGCAAGAACUGGGACCUGUCGGCCGCCCUGAGCGACUAUGAGCAGCUCCGGCAGGUGCACACGGCCAAUCUCCCACACGUCUUCAACGAGGGGCGGCCCCCCAAGCCGCCGGAGCGCCCGCCCGUCCAGCCCGGGCACAAGGCGGAGCGGGCCUGCCCGCCGAGACCGGAAGACAGCGCCCAAGAGAAGCGCCUGUCCCGGGGAAUCUCGCACGCCAGCUCCGCCAUCGUGUCACUGGCGCGGUCCCACGUGGCCAGCGAGCGCAGCGGCGAGCAGUGCCCCCUGGAGAUGCCCAUCUACACCUUCCAGCUGCCGGACCUGAGCGUGUACAGCGAGGACUUCCGCGGCUUCAUCGAGCGCGACCUCAUCGAGCAGGCCACCAUGGUGGCCCUGGAGCAGGCAGGUCGCCUGAACUGGUGGUCCACCGUGUGCACCAGCUGCAAGCGGCUCCUCCCUUUGGCCACGACCGGCGACGGGAACUGCCUCCUGCACGCCGCCUCCCUGGGCAUGUGGGGCUUCCACGACCGCGACCUGGUCCUGCGAAAAGCCCUCUACACCAUGAUGCGGACGGGGGCCGAGAGGGAGGCCCUGAAGCGGAGGUGGCGCUGGCAGCAGACGCAGCAGAACAAGGAGUCAGGGCUGGUGUACACCGAGGACGAGUGGGAGCGGGAGUGGACGGAGCUGCUCAAGCUGGCCUCCAGCGAGCCGCGCACGCACUCCGGCAAGAACGGCGGGGGCUCGGGCGGCGGCGUGGACAGCGCCGAGGACCCCGUGUACGAGAGCCUGGAGGAGUUCCACGUGUUCGUGCUGGCCCACAUCCUGAGGAGGCCCAUCGUGGUCGUUGCUGACACAAUGCUGAGGGACUCGGGCGGAGAAGCCUUCGCCCCAAUCCCGUUCGGAGGGAUUUACCUGCCCCUGGAGGUGCCUCCCAACCGCUGCCACUGCUCCCCGCUGGUCCUGGCCUACGACCAAGCCCACUUCUCCGCCCUGGUGUCCAUGGAGCAGCGGGACCAGCAGCGGGAGCAAGCCGUGAUCCCGCUCACGGACUCGGAGCACAAACUGCUGCCGCUGCACUUUGCGGUGGACCCGGGGAAGGACUGGGAGUGGGGCAAGGACGACAGCGACAACGCGCGCCUGGCGCACCUGAUCCUGUCGCUCGAGGCCAAGCUGAACCUGCUGCACAGCUACAUGAACGUGACGUGGAUCCGGAUCCCCUCGGAGACGCGGGCCCCCCUGGCUCAGCCGGAAUCCCCCACGGCCUCGGCCGGCGAGGACGUGCAGUCCCUGGCCGACUCCCUGGACUCGGACCGCGACUCGGUGUGUAGCAACUCCAACAGCAACAACGGCGGCGGCGGCGGCGGCAAGCACCCCGGCGGCAAGGACAGCAAGGACAAGGACAGCAAGGACAAGGACAGCAAGGACCACAAGGAGAAGACGCGCAAGGACAAGGACAAGGCGCGCGCCGACUCCGUGGCCAACAAGCUGGGCAGCUUCAGCAAGACGCUGGGCAUCAAGCUCAAGAAGAACAUGGGCGGCCUGGGCGGCCUGGUGCACGGCAAGAUGGGCCGCACAGGCUCGGCCAACGGCAAGAGCGGCGCAGGCGGAGGAGGCGGAGGCACCGGCGGCGGCGGCGGCGGCGGCGGCGGCGGGGACGCAGCGCCCCCCGAGCGCACCAAGGACCACCGCAAGGCCAAGUCGCGCAAGGGCAGCAAGGAGGAGUCGGGCACGUCCGCCAGCAGCACCUCGCCGUCGGAGAAGACGGCCACGCCGUCGCCCACGGACAAGGACAAGGCGGACAAGGCGGGGCCCCGCAGGGAAGACGCCUGGAAGUACAGCACCGACGUCAAGCUGAGCCUCAACAUCCUGCGCGCCGCCAUGCAGGGCGAGCGCAAGUUCAUCUUCGCCGGCCUGCUGCUCACCAGCCACCGGCACCAGUUCCACGAGGAGAUGAUCGGCUUCUACCUGACCAGCGCGCAGGAGCGCUUCAGCGCCGAGCAGGAGCAGCGGCGCAGAGAGGCCGCCGCCGCCGCCGCGGGCGCGCCGCCCACCGCCAAGCGGCCGCCGCCGCCGCCCCGCAGCACCAGCAGCAGCAGCAGCAGCAGCAGCAGCUGCAGGCCCGAGCCCGAAGGCGCGCCCGCGGUCCCCGAGCGCCCGCCGGCCGUCCCCGAGCGCCCGCCGGCCGUCCCCUCGCCAACCACGCAGCUGGUGCUGAAGUUCAAGGAGCGCCCGAGCCCCGGGCCCGCGACGGUUCCAAGGGCGGUGCGCGCGGCGGUGGCCGGCGGCGGCACGGCCUCCCCGGGCCACGGGAGCGCACGGCGCGCCGGUGCCAGCGCCAGCGGAGCCGUCCUCGGGCGCAGCCCCCCGGCGCGCCAGAGCGUCAUCCACGUGCAGGCGCGGGACGAGGCGUGCGCCCCGGCCGUGGGCGCGCUGCGGCCCUGCGCCACGUACCCGCAGCAGAACCGCUCGCUGUCCUCGCAGACCUACAGCCCCGCGCGCGGCCGCGCCGCCCCGGCCGCCGCCGCCGCUUCCCUGCGCACCGUCCACACCGUGGAGUCGCUGGCGCGCGCCGUGCCGGGGGCCCUGGCGUGCGCGGCGGCGGCCGGGGCGGGGACUUCCUCAGCGGCCGCCGAGCCCAAAUCGCAGACCUACACCAACGGCUUCGGGGGCACCGCCAGCCUGGAGUUCGCGGACGCCGACACGCCGCCCCCGGUUGCGCCGCGCCCGAUCGGGGAGGGUGGCCGCGCCGCCGCCGCUUCCGCCCCCGCCCCCGGGCCGGGCCCGCUACAGCAGCGGUGCCUGCGGGACAACUGCUCCUUCUACGGGCGCGCCGAGACCGAGCACCUGUGCUCCUACUGCUACCGGGAGGAGCUGCGGCGCCGGCGGCAUGAGGCGCGCGGGGGGCCCCGGCCCUGA